GUCAAUACCGACGUCAGUCAGGUCAGAUUAGCUUCAGCUCGCUGCAAUCGUGCAAAAUAAAGUCUUCUUUUUUAAAAACGUUCAGAUUAGAGCCUUUGCAUAAUUCCUGAUAAAGCAUUUAAUGUCUUUUUAUGCUGGUGUUGGAGCGAAUCUUUUGCAUGUGUUUCCUGUGUGGUAUUACAACACGAAGUGGAUGUUCCUGUGAAUGAGGGAAGUCGUUUCUGCUCCAGGAAUCUUCAUUGCAUCUAAUCUUCAUCAUCAUCAUCAGAAUGACUGAUCCAUGGCAGGAAUGUAUGGAUCUGUGUGUGGAGGUCACCAAACGGGCUGGGGUGGUGAUCCGUGAGGCGCUCCAGAAGGACAUAACAAUCAUGCAGAAGAGCUCGCCGACUGACCUGGUGACGGAGACGGACCAGAGAGUGGAGAAGCUCAUUAUAAACGCCAUCAAGGAGAAGUACCCCACGCACAGCUUCAUAGGAGAGGAGUCGGUGGCAGCAGGGGCCCCCAGUCUUCUCACCGACAAUCCAACCUGGAUCAUCGACCCCAUUGAUGGGACCACCAACUUCGUUCACAGGUUCCCGUUUGUGUCUGUAUCAAUCGGCUUCACAGUGAAGAAAGAGAUAGAGUUCGGGAUCGUCUACAGCUGCAUCGAGGACAAACUGUACACGGGACGGAGAGGGAAAGGAGCCUUCUGCAAUGGGGUCCCCAUCAAAGUGUCUGGACAGGAAGAUAUCAGCAAAUCUCUGGUUUUGACCGAAAUGGGCUGCAAGAAAGAUCCCGAGCACUUUAACAUAAUGAUGGCCAACGUCAAGAAGAUCCUCACCAUCCCAGUUCAUGGGAUCCGCUCCCCGGGCAGCGCGGCGGUGAACAUGUGCCUGGUGGCGUGCGGCUCGGCCGACGCGUAUUACCACAUGGGAAUCCACUGCUGGGACAUGGCUGGAGGGGCGGCGGUGGUCACCGAGGCCGGAGGAGUCAUCAUGGACAUUUCAGGUGGACCGUUUGACCUGAUGUCUCGCAGGCUGAUCAUCGCCAGCAGCAGGGCCAUCGCCGAACGCUUAGCCAAGGAAGUAACAGAGUUCCCCGUCGGCAGGGACGACGCAGAGGAAAAAUAACCUCCCGAACUUCCCUCACCAGGCUCCAGUCAUGUAAAUACACUCGGCUCUUAACAGGACGCACGUCUGCCUUUGCCUCCAAAACCAAAGCGACACACAUACCUCACGAGAAGAGUUUAGACUUCCAGAUUUCUUAACGUCACCUUGUUUGUUAGUGAGGAUGCAUUCAACGAUUUUCUGCUUGUUUCUGCCCAUUCGUGUGUACGAUACGCCCGUUAAUCCCUGCCGGAGCCCCCGUAAGGCCAGAUGCAGUCACACAGCUCUGCCUUCUGGUGCUUUUCAGAGCAUUAUUCCCUCUUAUAACAAGUCCCAGCUGUUAAAAGACCAGUUUUUCUGGGAGAGAAUCCCAGAAAACAACAUGGUUAGUGUUAGUCAUGAGCCAGUCUGUUCUUAAGACGCUCCACUUGCUCUCACUGGACACCAGGGGGCAGGAUUUGUACUUCAAAGACUGGCAGCUUGGCAUCAAAACCUAAGGUGUCAUUUCAUAAAUAGUGAAUAUCCUGUUCGCUGUCUGGCACUUGUUUCAGCAGUAAAACGGACAGAUGGCCCUUUGGGAUCGUCUGUAAUCUCUAACACGGUUGUGAAAUUUCUCCUUCGGCUGUUUUGUAGUUAUUUGCCCCAAUGCGUGCAGUGCUAACUAGCACAACAUAAACAAGUAGCAAGCUUUUAAAAAACAAACGUCUUUCAGGUGUUUCUUUUAUUUAUGUAGUGAAAAUGUCCAAGGUGACAGUGAAGGCCGUCCGUAAGAAUAGUUUAUCUCCCAUGGCAACAACUAAAAAUGCACAGAUUUUUUUAUUUUAUUUAUAUUAUUAUUUUUAAGUUCCAAUAUUCUUCUGCUCUAUACCUCCUGAUAAUAUAAACUGUAGGGUUGUUGAUGUUUUUUCUGUUUUUCCAAUUGAUUAAAAGUGCAAACAUUUUCUGUAUUGGUCUGUGUUGAUACAGAGCUGUAGUUCCCGCCAUUGGCCACCGGGGGCGCAUUCUGAUUUCAUACAGAGGGCAAGAGGAAACCGGGCGUUACUAAAGGCUGGAUUAUGGUUCUGCGCUACAACAACGGAGAGCACACGCCGCUGCCGUGACGCCGUUGUGAACCCUUCGGACUUCUGUGUCACUCCAUUUCGCUGCGGUUUUCCUGAAUGGUUUAUCCGACUUUUCCAGUCACAGUGAAUCAAAGAGAUAAGGACAACUAUUGUGCAAAAAACCAAAACAAAAAAAAUCACUCAUACACGAAGAAAAGAGCGCUGAAAGUGCUUCACGAAACCGGAAAUGCAUUGCUACCAAGCAAACCAAUCACAGCCCUCUGGGUCAGCGUUGGUCUGCGAUCUCUCAACGCGUAGUUAACAUUUGUGGGAGGUGCGCGCAGGCACGGCGUGGCGUACGCGACCUGGCACAACCUGCUGCGGCGCACACUCAGCGUUGGUUUGUUGCAGGACCAUAAUCCAGCCUUAACAUAGUUCAACAGAUAUGUACACACUCUUUUUGCAUUGUUUCUAAUCACUCAGCCAUUUAUUAUUUAUUCUUUUUUCAGUGGUUUCAAUCAGAAAAAAACGAAAUACAUCAACUGUUAAAGCAGCUAAAGAAUUAAUGCAUUCAGACUGCGUUUUUAUUAUUUCAUUAAUUUUAAUUGCACUGGAUCGUUCUGUGUAACAGAGAGUCGUUAAGUUUUAGUGUGUGUAAUUAGGAUAAAUGACUGACUUUGCAUAUGUACCGGUACCUACUGUACUGUACGACUGCUUCCCAAAGUAAAAGACAUGGGUGGUGUUUU